GUCACUUACAAAGUGACUUUGCACUGUUUCUGGCUUAUUGAUCUUAUUCAGGUUCAAUUAAUUUGUCAAAUGUUGGCUAAAUUUGCUGGGUUUAAAUCCAAAAGGACCGUAUUUAAGUUUAGAAAAAGAAAAAAAUUGUGUUGUGUUCACCUACUUUAUAAAGUGGGUGCAUGAAAUUAGGAAGUUUCACGUCAGUCAUGCAAUGACAGCUAAGAAAUGGACCAAAAAGCGUGAUACAAAGUUGAUGUUUUGCUAUCUAAACUUAUCACUUUUGUCCUUCUUGUUGCUGUCACCGUCGUUGUUGCUUAACGUCCCUAUUGUUGUGAUCCAAAAUUUUGCUACCGUGGUAAUGUGAUGUCACACUUUUCCUCUCUAUUACCAGACUGUUGUUGUACAAAAUCUUUGUGAUUAUGUUUGCAGAGUUCAUCCCCGUAGGAGAGUCCCUCAAAGAGACACUAGGUGAGAUGAUGAAACAAAGAUGGUUAUACCAUUAUGACCGAAAAAACCCUAAACAUGCAGGCCUGAAUUUUACAAAUUAUUUACCGAGAUUUCUUAGCAUUAGGCAAAGGCCUUUACUGUGUACCUUUUAGUUUUAUCGCAAAUUAUAUUCAAAUCUGUGCUAUUUUUAUAGUUGCGGGCAACAAGAGGAGGCCACAAUCCUAAUCUCCGGGUCGUUAUUGCGCAUGUGUCACAUGUAUGUAGCCAGCAUUAGUUUGGACUUCCACUACGAAUGAAUGGAAUGCACUGAACGCAAUUUAAUCACACAUGUUUUGACCUUUUAUCACGUGAAACUUGCGCAGAGUACAGCAUUGGAGCAAAAGCAUUUUGGCCUUCAACCAUUGUCACCUGCACUCCAUAACCUUUGGCUAUUACUAGUAUAUUAAUGUCUUCUUAGACACAAAAAACCUACAAAGUUAAUGUCAUUUUUAAUAUUAUUUCUUGGUUGAAAAGAGAGUAUAAAAAGUAAUAUAUAUUUUUUCAUAAUGCUUAUAACUUUAAGGAUACCACUUGAUAUAAACAAUAUAUUUAUUUCAAUUUGUUGUGAUAUUUUAUUUUUUGACCCUGAUUAUUUUCUUUUCCAGCCAAUCAGAGGUAGCUGUUUCAACUGCCAAGCAAGUUCCAAAGACUACAAAUCUGGAAGUUGAAAUGGACGUUAUGUAUGCGUCAGAUACACUAACUCCAGUAAGAGCAUUUUUACAGUUGAUCAUUCCUUAAAAUAAUACAGUAACAUAAUAGAGAAGAUUAAUAAAAUAAUAUACAAAUAGAUUUGCUAAUUUGUGUAUUAAUCCGGUUGAUCUACUUGAUAUUGAUUUACAAAAAAUGUCAUUAUAACGACCAAGUGGACUCAUGAUGAGAUUACAAACAAUUAUUGGAAAGGUUUUUUUGUGAUAUCCUAAAUAAUCAAAGUAGGUGUUAUCAGUGGUAAUUUCUUUAUUAAAUUGAGCAAAUUGAAUCAUGUGUCAGAUUGAAAUAUUCUUGCUUUUGCAUUAAUAUUACAGCAAUCUUUUUUGGGCACAUUACUUAACACUCCAAUAUUGCAAGAAAAACUGGCAGAAAAUAUCAACAAAGUGGUUGGAAGGUGAGAAUUUUUGUUUAUGAAUCAAACCAGACAAUUUUAACCCUUAGACACCUGAAAUCAAAAUCUAAAUUCUCCUCUCCUUUUCCAAUUUGGUUCCUAGAAAUAGAGAACAGUUGUAGUAGAAUUUAUUCAUUUUGGCUGAUCAUCUUUUGAACUCUCCUUGCUUCUGUGAUUAAUUAAGCAUGGAUAUAACAAGUAGAAUAUUUAUGUUGAUCACUCUCAUAGAUUAAAACAGUUACUGUAAUCCCUUUCAAUCCUAAUAUCAGUGAGUGAUAUGGUUCAAUUUUAUUCUUGGUUUACAUUUUAUUUUCCUUAUUUAAAUUAUUAAUAUACAUAAAAAUUUAAUCCCAGUUCUUGUUUAUACCUUUUCUGCUUUGAAGACCUACAGUGUGGUGACAGAAAAAGAACCUAGUCACAAAGAUUGUACAUGUAUAGCAUAGUCUGGGGGAAUGUGGAUGGCUUGUGUCAAGUCAAAAUGAAAGUUUUUGUUGAUGUUUGAUAUAGUGCAGCUCACUUUUCUGACCAGAUCUCAGUUGUUUGCAUCAAAAGUUGCCAAAUCCUGCAUCAUAAAAUUAUCAAAAUAGUUCAACAAUGCCCCUUUCAGUAAUUAAAGUCACAAUUUUGAACUCCCAUCUCGCUCUGGAAUCCUGGUCUUGAAAUGAGACAUAUUGUGGAUUUCAAAAUAACCUCUUCUGGACCCUUUACAAUUACAUAUGUUGGCUUUCAUUUUCAUGCUCAAAUUUUUUGACUUGGCACUUCUCUCUCUUUGAUUUUGUACCACCUUUCCUCAAGAUUAAAUCCAAAAUGGGAUUUUCUUGCAGUUCAAGGACUCAGCCUGCUUCUGAUGACCCUCCAACUGACUCAGCACGGACUGUGACGAUAACCGAGGACAGCAGUGAUGAUAUAUUAAUGGCAUCUAAUCCGGUAUAAAACCAAAAAAAAGCUUUUGCAUGGUAAUUGUUAGAAGUCAGUCGGGUAUAUUAUUGUACAACUGUCAAGAUAUCAUUGUUUCAGAAUUACAUGUAGCUAUACAUAACCUUCAAGGACCAAACACUUCAUUGUGUAUUGUACUGAAGCUUUCAAAACCAUUGUGUAGCAUCUUUUGUUGCUUUCACUUUUGUAACUUGACCUAAAAAGAUAUGUGCUUAACAAAUUAACCUUUUUUGUGGAGUCGACAAUAAUUUUAUCUACUGGUACGAUUUGACAACUUUUCGAAGUGGACCAUUGGGUGAACUAAUGAGACGAAUUUGUUCACUGGUAUUGUGUCAUAAGGAAAUUUAUAAAGAUCAGUAUGGAGAAUUUCUAUGUGGAUUUUGGGGCUUAGGAUGACUUGCCUGGAUCCUUGCCCAUUGGGCAAGUUACUUGUUCCAGACCACCAGGUGAGACUUUUUUGAGCCCUGCCCUUGUGAGAAGGAUAAUGCAAGUGUUUUCUUGUUGGUUUUCAGGAAGCUGGUGGUGAUAUUCCUGUUAAAGAAAUCAUGGAUCUUAUGCAAGCUGACCCAGCGUUUGAUGUACUUUUCUCUUUGUUUGGAAUUGGUAGGUUUUACUCCCGGGGGGGGGGUACUCGAUAUAUCCCUGGGUGGGGAGGUGCGGCGCGGCCCCUCAUACCCUGACCCUGUUUAAGACAAAUAUCGCUGAUUUUCCUACCCUGUUUAGGACAGAAUUCCGAUUUUUGAUACCCUGUUUAAGACAUUUAUCCUGUUUAACACAAAAAUUGAGAAAUCGAUACCCUGAUUAAGACAAAAAAUGAUAAAUUCGAUACCCUGUUUAAGACAAAAAUCCCGAAAAACAUACCCUGGCUGGCCGCACGUCCCCAUUAAGCCCUUAUAAGGGAGUACCCCCCCUCCCGGGGUUUGACUUUUGAUUUGGGAACUCACAAAGUGACCAGCUCACAGUUUGUUACAAACCUUAUACUGAUCCAAUUGAACAUUUUCAAUUUAAAAAUAUCAUCUUAUGGUAGAUGCAUUAGAUGCCUUGCCUUCUACAACAGACCCAAGCACCGUGUUGGCAGAAACAAGUCAGGCUGGCAAGGUUCCUCUCUCUGAAUCCCAAUUUCCAGGUAUUCCUAGGAUUUUAACUGCUAUUUAACCUUUUAAACCCUAAUAUUUAAAUUAAUUUUUAUGCUCUCAUUUCUUCCCGUAUGAAUUUUCUAUACAAUUAAUGUGGAGAAGUUGUUUAAGUAUCAAAUUAAAUAAUGAGAUUCAUCGUGUGAUCAUGUCCGCAAUUUUCAUGACCACUUUGUCUUAAAAACAUUGAUAAGACAAGGAGAAAUCAGGGUGCAAAGAAAGUCAUUUUUACAGCUUGCCAUUCGGGUAAGCUGAAGCUAGCAUUUUCUAGCCCAAACGUCAUUUCAACUAGCCCCCUAAAUUUUUGGAUGAGCAGAAUUGAUUUCACAGUUCUUCUGUAAGUUGAAUUCCUCAAUAUACUUCACUUGCCCAUCGGGCAAGUUAAUAACAGAAUUCACUAGCCCGAUAGCAAAAUCCACUAGCCCCAGGCUAUCGGACACCACUUUCUUUGCACUCUGAGAAACUGGAUUCUCAUCACUCUUAGGGCUUGAAGAGUUAACUUGAAUUUGAGCUUUUUAAAAUAAAUUUAAUUUAUAGCAGAAUUAUAUUAUCUGCAGAAUCGUACUAUUGUAAGAGUCCAACAGUUGAAAAUUACCUACAAUAUCUUCUUGGGGUUAUACAAUGUGCGAUUGCAGAAAAAUUUGUGCCCCCCAACCCACUCCAUCCCACCUAAAGAGGAAUACUUGAAAUUCCAAACAGAAGGUAGAGAAGGAGGGGGAGGAAGUACAUGUAUGACAAUUGGGUGUGGUUCUUAUUUCUUUCUAGUUUAAGACCUGUGUUUCUAUGAGUGCCUGGAAAGAUAAAAGAACCAAACAUUAUUAAGUCGCUAGAAAUCCAAUGUAUUUGUCAGCCAUCUCACGAUAGAGCGAUUUUCCUAUCACCUUGAAGUGAAAACGCGCAAACAAAGCAGAAACAACAAAGCGAACGGAAAUAGUGCGAUUUGAUUGGUUUAUCGAAGGGAUACCCACCCGUAGUAGCUUUUGGUUGGUUAAGCGAAUUAACGCUCGGGUGAAAAAACUUCACGCCCGAGAACUUUCUAGAAAUCAAUCGAUACUCCGCUUUGACGUCAUACUGCAACACGAUUGGCCAAUCGAACAGUGCCUUCUCCAUAUAAGGGUUUUCUUUAGCGGAAGAACGAAGAGUCCAUGUUUUGAUCUUUUCACCUAUUGGCUGAUAAAACAAAUAACGAACACUUAACGAAACCAUUUUUAUGGUCAUACCAAAUUCGCCCUUUCUGUUAUUUAUUCAUUUGACACAGUUCUUAAACAGCGGUAUCUAUUUAGCUAGCAGGUAGUUGAAAAGAGCCCUGCAUAAACGGAAAACCUCAACCACUAUCACAUAUCACUAUACCGUAAACCUCCGCUUAUAACCUCUGCUUAUAAACCCCCACCCCUUCCCCCUAAAAAAGUAGUGAGCCCCCCUCUAGCUUGUAUUGAAAUGAAUUCGAUUUUUUACGACGUUUUGAAGCUUAAAAAAGCGGGUUAAUUUGAAAAGUAUUUUGAUCAGCUCAGCCAGUCUGUAGCUUGUUUUUGAAACUCUUUUUAGUCUGGUUACAAGCGCCCCGUUUAUAAGCCUCCUAAUAUCUUUUAUGGGUUGUAUAAGCACAGGGCCUUUAAGCGGAAGCUUACGGUAAACUUAUACAGGUAGGUGGAGUUGGCUACGAACUAUAAUGACAGUGCAGUUCCUUUUUUGCAGAUAACCUUGCAGUUUCAUCGUCUUCACGACCUGAUUCAGGGAAUGAGCUUGAUACUCUGCCAUCAGCAGCAAGACGGCUUCUACCAACUGAAUCCUCAGUUGAUGGAGGGAUGGCGAUCGAUGUGUUGCGAUCGGGAUCAAAGGAGCGUACAGCUGAAUUAGGUCAUGAAGUUGCUUCCCUGUCAUCAGCAUCAAGGCAACAUUUAAACGCGGAAUCUACAGUUGAUUUAGGUUGUGAAAUUGCUACCUUACAGUCAUCAUCAAGGCAGCAUCUUCAACCCCCAAGUUCUUCAUCUGCCUCAGAAUUGCAUAUGUCAGGUCUGUGAAGUCUAAUCAAUCAAUCAAUCAAUAAAUCAAUCAACCAAUCAAUCAAUCUUAAUUUCAACACGAGACAUUUGUGAGCCUAAAAAGAAGGCUCGUUGCAAAAUAAAUGUACGUGUAUCUACAGUGUAUGAUAAUAACACGAAUCUAAAAAUGAGUAAAAUUAACUAUCUACUGCUAUUUAACAACUAGAAAAACUAGCUAGAGCAGAGAUUGCAGCGACAUUCGACCGGAUCCACGUUAAUUUCUUUGAGCUUGGCAAAGAAUUUCUUCUGAUCGGAGGCCUCCCUGACAUGAUGAGGAAGAUUGCCGCAGAAUUGGCAUGUAAUAUAAGAAAAAAAUUUAGGCUUGAAAGCAAGUGUAUUUGGGACCGGCUGAUUGAAUCUGCUACUAUUACCACGCAGGUUGUAGGCACAGUUUUUCAUACUAAACAUAUCACUUACUUGUGAUCGACCACAGGCAGCCUAGACUGCUUUGAAUAAGAGAAGGUAUGGCGAUGAACGAAAGACGUUCUAAAUUCGGCUUCUAAAAAGACUCGAAAUAAAAAUGACUUAAGUUGUGUUUGUGAUGUGUCUGCUACUGUCUUUUCGCUUCUGGAGCUUUUUAAAAGCCCAUAUGGCGAGUUUAAAAAUUUCGAAUUGUUCUUAGAAUAAGAAAUAUGGAAAAGAUAUCGAGUCGCUCUAAAAGAGUAUGAAAUGGCUACAGAAGGGAUAAGACCGUACACGACACAGCACAAACAGAGGGAAAGUAAUUCUUGGGUCGAAUCUUUUCAGAAGAGAGAAUUAAGCAGGUGUUUUGUUUAUUCCCAUAUAUUCUCUUAUAAAAUUCAAAUGUAACUCCCUAGGCUGCCCAAGCUGCCUGUGGAUGAAGAGGCAUUUUCCUUGAAAGAUUAAGACGACUUGGUUUCCAUAGACGAAGGGAUUCAAUGAAUUUCCUUGAUUGAGACCGACCACAUUUUGUUUUGUCUGAUCAAAAUGACGAUUUGGACUGGACACAUGUCCUUCCAAGAAAGGGUCUCCCUAUAAUAAAUAUUGAUAUCUCACGCUACGCUAUUUUUUUUCUUGUAGCUGCCAGUAUUGUGACUGAUGCAUUGCUUUUGCUGGCUGGCAGUCCUCAGAAGGCUCUAUCGAACUCUUCAUCACCGUCGUGUUGCAAAGCAAGCGAUCCCACUGCCAAGAAACAUACUCCAAUAACACCACCAAAGGUAUCAGAUGCAACUCAAAAAACUCGAAUUGCUGUAAAUGAAAAGGAGCACAGCGGACAUUGCAGUCAACCUGCCCUGAUCACGUCGACUCUUCCUUAUGUUCGUGCUCUCAACUUUACGCAAGAAAAAGAACUGGAGAUUGGUACCAGAGGUCGUAAGAAAGGUUCUAAGAAUAAGAAAGGAACAAAGCAAAAGCCAGCAACGAAAAAGCAAACCAAAGCACCAAGAACAGAGAAGAAAGAAACGGGGAAAGGCCAAAAACGAGCAGUAGCCAAGGCUUCAUCUGAACCGGCCUCGGGAUCAUCUUCUUUAAAUAUAGAAUCUGGGUUUAGUACUCUACAAGGUACAUCUGGUGUUGUUCAGCCAAGUAUGAACUAUGAAAGUACAUUCAACAGAACAGUUAUUUCUAAUUCUAUUCCUGUAAAUGCGAUAGUGCAGAGUUCUAACGCUAUCCUCUCACAGAACUGUUCGGCCAUUUUGGCAACUGCGCCUGCGUUCGUACCAAUCAGCGUCACCCCGUCCCCAUCACCUGUCAAUAUCGCAAGUCCUUGUCCUGACCAAAUAUCUUCGGCUGUUACUAUGGCAACUGGUUCAGGUACUGAUUCAACUGGAUGUAUCCCCAGUACAGGCAUACGUCAAUCGUCUGCCCCUGUUGUCUUGGGAACCACUGCUGUACCAUCUACUGGCAAUUUAACGCGCCGCACUGCUACUCCUGUAAAUUUUAUGUCUUCUGAUUCAGUUCAGGUCUCCUCUCCAUUGGCUCCUGGUGGUGCAAACCUUCUACCCACCCUUCCCACAUUGCACUCACCCCUCGUGCCCUUAGCUGCCAAUGUCACCCACAAAAGCAUUACCCAUUUACCUAUGGGGGCAGGUUUUAUUCCACUGGUUCCCAAUGCAUUGUCUGCUCAUCAAACUAUGCAAGAUUUAACACUACCUGCAGCUAUAAGCACCACAGCGACACCUCAAGCUUUUAUAUCUGGAUCUCUCACGGAAUCACCAGUAAUUAGAGACACUGCUGGCAUUGGAGAUUUAUCAGCUUUACAAAAAAACCACAGUGAGAAUGACAAAAGUAAUUCAACGUCCUCCGGUAUAUCGAACACAGAUAGCAACAUUGAUGACUUGUCGGCAUCAGGGGAGCCAUUCUCCCUGAAAGCAUCCAAUAUGUUACAAACUCUAGCGUUUCAGUUUAAAAACUUCCAGGGAAAUUCUGCACAUCAUCAUAAUCAAGCAUUUGUUUCAGACUCCGGACAGCAAAAUAAUCACAGUUUACAGAAAACUGGGACUCUUUCGGUUGAUACAGAAGUGCGGCUUCAACCUUUGCAAGAAAAAUCACCGGCUUACGAAAAUGUAACUGCUUCUAAAAGUAAUACGGAAAUUUCAGGUGAAAAAAACGCGGGUGGUUUUUACGCAGCUCAUUCCUCGCCUUGCACUAACCAUAAAGAACAGGAAAUAAUGAGCGUUCCGCCAGUCGGACGGAGUAUACAAUGCUCUUUGCAAACCAACAAUGGACCAUCUACUUCCCCUUUAACAAUAAUGAAUCAAGAAUCCAGUGAUUUGGUAAAAGAAAAUUUUAGUGGUUCAUUGCGUUCAAAACUGAGUAGUGAAAAGGAAACACAAGAAUCAUCUACGUCACGAACGAAACGAUCGAGAGACGAAUUUCAGCAGCACAAGGUAAUAUAUGUAGCCAGGACACCUUUUUUUUUUUUCGGGUUUAAGUUUUCCUUUAAAGAAGGUAUGUUAGAGAAUGCCAUUGAUACAUUUUAUUAGAGAAGCUUAAAUACUUUUUGGGUAAUUUUAUGUUAGGGCGACGUUGUCAUUGAACAUUCAAAGGGAAAAUAUAUCCAUCUCUUAAAGAGAAAAGGAGACACGACGUUGAAUUUUUGUUGCUGUCAGGUUUCCCUGAAAGCGAAUGAACUUUUAACUUUUCAACUUGCAUUCAUUUUCGUCCCUUCCAUCCACGGUCAAUACUCGUUUGUAGAAGUUCAUUUUUUGAUAUAUUUUUUAUUUAUAUAUUUGCCACACGAAUGUUUCAAAGACCACAGACAGGAAUUGAGAAAAUAGCAAGGCUUAACUGUGCCUGGAAACCUGGUUAACUCUCAUAAGGGCUCUUAAACGUUUCCAGGCUCCAAUAAAGUAAGGAUUAGAAAAGCGGAUCGAGAAACGUGAGGCAAAAAACGCUUGGGGGCUGCGGAAAGACGAGGAAGUUGAGCCUGUGAGCAUUGUUUUCAAUACCUCAUUCCGGUAUGCCAUCUCUUGGUAUACCCUAUGAUUGGUCAAUUUUGACAGUACGUCAACACUUACGUCGAUCACUUGGCUUCGCGCGCGCAAAGUGAAACAAACAUGGCGAGCGUUUUUCUGAAAGUGGGCGGGGUUUUGGGCGGACUGAGCUAUUUAAAAAGAUGUUACAGGCUCUCCUUCGUCUCUUAUCUGUCAUUUUUCGCUCGCCCUUUGUUUUCGCUCGUCAACCCUGACCGAGAGCCUGGCACAAAGUACUCUGACACAUGUUUCGCUGACUUUGCAUUGUUCUUAUUAUAAUUUACGCUAAUCAUCCAUUUUGUUUUCUGCUUGUAGAAAAAAAGGAAUAAAUCAUUAUCGCGCCCUUCCAAGGUUUGUUUUUGAUGGACAUUUUCUGCCAAGUUAUUACAAUAUACUAGCUUUCGAAUGCUGUAUGUGAUGUGUAGCUGGCGUAGCUUUAUUUAGCCAGAGUUUCCAUAACUUCACCAAGCGCACAAGGUUGGAAUAUCAUUGAUUUAAGUAGAUGUAAUAUGAUCCUCCGGCUGAGUGAAGUCCGUAUGUAUUUAGACCUCACGGCUCAACUGACAGACGAGCAAUAACAUCGCAACUUAAUUGACAAAUCAAGUCAGUAACCAGAGUUUGAUACCAUCAACUGAAGUGAUACACUUGACGUUUACUGUAGAGAUGACUAGGUUGUCGAAACAUCAGUCAAUGUCAACAACAGUCCUAUUCAGGACUACGUUCACCCGGACGAUCAUACUCAACCUACUUAUGAAAUGACUCCCGGGGUCAAACCUUUCACGAGUCUCGAUAUGUUCACAUUACGUUUCGCUGCAACCGAAGCUGGAGUUUUUAGUUUUUCUCAUCACUUAUUCCUUGACACUGUGUCUUUAUUAACGAAAAGUUCUAAUUUCCAUUUUUUCCCUUCCAGCGAUCCAAGACGAAAGGAGAAAGCAUGCAUUUCCCUUCAAAUUUAAAUGUUGAGGAAUUUUUAUCCAAGCUUCAUUAUGAAGACAAAUAG